AUCUUUACGUUCUGCUGCCUUCCUGCACGUUUCUCUUCUGACACCUGGCACACACCGAUCCUCCGUUAUGUCUCUCGGUAAAGUUGCCCGGGGUUUGGUGCUUCCGGCCCGGGUCGCCCUACGGCCCGCGGCCCCGGUUCUCCACCGGAGCUACGCCGCUGUUUCUGAAGCCAGAGCCGUGCUGGAGAGCGAGCUGGAGGGGAUCCGAGCCGCAGGGACGUGGAAAGCGGAGAGAAUUAUCACCUCAAAGCAGGGACCGCAGAUCAACGUGGAGGGCAGCAGCAGCACCAUAUUGAAUUUCUGUGCCAACAACUACCUGGGGCUGUCCAGUCACCCCGAGGUCGUUCAGGCUGGGAUCGAUGCUCUGAAUACUCACGGAGCUGGACUGAGCUCUGUCAGGUUCAUCUGUGGCACACAGGAUCUACACAAGAAUCUGGAGCAGAAGCUAGCUGAGUUCCACGAGAGGGAGGACUGCAUCCUCUAUGCUAGCUGCUUUGAUGCUAACGCUGGACUCUUUGAGGUUCUGUUGGGCCCGGAUGACGCGGUUCUGUCCGAUGAGUUGAAUCAUGCCUCGAUCAUCGAUGGGAUCCGACUGUGCCGAGCGAAGAGGCUGCGCUACAAACACAUGGACCUCAGAGACCUGGAGACCAAGCUCAAAGAGGCUCAGUCGUCUCGUCUUCGCCUGGUUGUGACGGACGGCGUCUUCUCGAUGGACGGAGACGUGGCUCCUCUCUCAGGAAUCUGUGAUCUGGCUGAUCAGUACGGAGCCCUCGUGUUCAUCGACGAGUGCCACGCUACCGGGUUCCUGGGGGCCCGAGGCAGAGGAACAGACGAGCUGCUGGGAGUGAUGGACAGAGUUCACAUCGUAAACUCCACCCUGGGGAAAGCUCUGGGAGGAGCAGCCGGGGGCUACACGGUGGGUCCCAAGCCGCUCAUCGACCUCUUGAGGCAGCGCUCUCGGCCGUACCUGUUCUCCAACUCUCUGCCCCCCCCGGUGGUCGGCUGCGCCCUCCGGGCCGUGGAGCUGCUGCUGGCGUCCAAUGAGAUCUCUCAGAGCAUGACGGCCAAAACCAUGAG